AUGAUCUUACUCUUGAAAUUUCACAUUCUUCGCGCUCAACAUCGGAUGCAGCAAUUCGCAGAUCAACACCGCACUGAUCGCAGUUUUGACAUUGGUGAGUAUGUUUAUGUCAAACUGCAGCCUUACCGACAGAAGGCUGUUGUCUUACGAGCUAAUCAGAAUCUUUCUCCUAAGUAUUUUGGGCCAUACAAGAUCAUUGAUAAAUGUGGUGCAGUGGCGUACAAGCUUCAGCUCCCUGCAUCUUCUAAAAUCCAUCCAGUCUUUCAUGUUUCUCAACUGAAACUUCAGGUCGGGCCAUUUCAAGUCUCAACUCAGCUUCCUUCGAUUGUUCGAGAUGUGUUGGUGAAAGAACCAGAAGAGAUAUUGGAACGGAAGAUGGUGAAUCGUCAAGGACAAGCUGCAACUAUGGUUUUGGUCAAAUGGACGAACCAACCAGUCGAGGAAGCAACUUUGGAGUUUCUUUAUGACUUACAGAAGUCAUAUCCUUCAUUCAAACCGUGA